GUACUCUCAUGGAUGAUUGUCCUGAAUAUAAUUGAGGUUGCAACAAUGGCGCUCCUCAUUGGCUUGACAAUCGCUCGUGUGGAAAGGUUUCCGGUAGUUUCUACUCCAAUGGGCUGCCUCUUUGAGGGUCUUGCCCCCCUCUCUGCAAUCUUUUGGACGCCAGCGCUGAUCCUUGAACCCAUCAUUUGCAUACUCGUCCUCAAGAAAGUUUUUCUGGACCAACAACAACGCAGUGAACUUGCAACAUUUCUAGCCCAUGAUAGUUUAUUAUACUUUCUCGUAAUAUUCAUGCAACUCAUUGGAUCAACUAUUGCCUGGGCUUGGUAUCCAACCUAUAUCAACCUCUUCAUGCCGUGGGUCUCUGUCUCUCUGUGUAUUACAAUUCUAAAACGAACUGACAGUUGGUCUGUUGCUUUACCCUCAUUGCUCUGCAACCGUAUUCUGCUCAACAUGAGAGGGCGCCUUAC